AUGGCCUUCACGCACAAUGACUAUACGGUCGCAUGGAUCUGCGCUUUACCAUUGGAACUAGCAGCAGCAAAGGCAAUGCUGGAUGACGUUCACCAUCCGCCUCCCCGGCCACAAUUCGACCACAAUGUUUACACACUUGGGAGGGUUGGCAGUCACAACGUGGUGGUGGCCUGUCUUCCUUACGGUGUCUAUGGGACGAUAUCCACUACCAGUGUAGUGUCACAUAUGGUCUCUACGUUUCCGAAUAUCCGGUUCGGAUUCGGAUUGAUGGUGGGUAUUGGGGGCGGAGUCCCGAGCCAGAGUGCUGAUAUUCGCCUUGGCGAUGUUGUGGUCAGCAAGCCAACAUCCACUUCAAGCGGCGUUAUACAAUUCGACUACGGCAAGACACUACGCGGCGGACACUUCCAGCGCACCGGUUCGCUUAAUAAACCUCCUCUGGUGUUGUUGAAGGCCGUGUCUCAAUUAGAGAGUGAUUAUAUGACCGGGAAAAGGCUGACCGGCGAUAUUCUGAAUGAUACACUCCAAAACAGUGAAAGCUUAAGGCAACAGUUUUCGCGGCCGCAAGUCGACUGGCUAUUCUCUCCAACAUACGAUCAUGAUGAUAGCAAAUGCAACUGUUUGGCAUGCGAUCAAACCCAGCUAAUAAACCGUCCUGAGCGAAGAACUGAUGACCCUUGUGUUCAUUAUGGCUUGAUCGCUUCUGGAGAUCAGGUCAUGAAAGAUGCCAAGACUCGAGAUUUCAUUGCUCGGGACCUAGACAUACUCUGUUUCGAGAUGGAAGCUGCUGGGCUUAUGGACGAACUUCCAUCACUAGUCAUUCGAGGUAUCUGUGACUACUGUGAUUCGCAUAAGAAUAAACAGUGGCAAGGGUAUGCUGCGCUCACUGCCGCUGCCUAUGCCAAAGCUCUCUUGUCAAUUGUACCGGGCACUCUUUCCAUGGAAAGAGACUUGUGUAAAAGUGAAAAAGAAUGCCUUAGGUCACUUAGUUUCCGCGAACAAGAGUAUAGGUACAACGACAUUCAUGCGGCAGUGGACACUUGCAUGUGGCUCUUUAAAAACCCACAAUACAAAGCAUGGUUGAACAGCCGACAAGGGCUUCUGUGGAUCAAAGGGAAUCCUGGGACUGGUAAAUCCGUUCUUAUGAAGUUCGCUGUCCAGUCAAUGGCCAAUAGAAACGCUGGGCAGCUUGUGUCCUUUUUCAUCCACGGCCGAGGGACAAAUCUGCAGAGAACGCCGCUAGGGCUCUUCAGAGCACUAUUGAAUACUAUGCUAGGUUCGUUUCCGGAUUACCUUUCUCAACUCACAAAGUCGUUCGUAGAUCGGGAGAAGCGGUAUGGUUCCUACGAACAAGGUAGAUGGACCUGGCCGGAAGAAGAGCUUCGCAAGUUUGUGUCGCAGGUCCUAACGGAGGGGACAAAGAGCAGUCCAGUAAUUAUCUUUAUUGACGCACUUGAUGAAUGUGGGAAGGACCAUGCCAGAGCCUUACUGACAUACUUCAAAGACCUUAUGGAGGCAGUCAAGCGCAAUGGUGGACAGGUGAAAAUAUGCCUUUCUUCCAGACAUUAUCCAAUCCUUGGUCAUUACAUGAUCCCCUCCAUCUACAUGGAACAGCAAAAUACCAACGAUAUCCAACACAUUGUUGGUGGUAUGCUGAAAGGAUUUGAAACAGAGGAAGAUCGUAAGUAUUUUGAAAGUCAAGUUUUGUCCAAAGCUCGGGGAGGAUUUCAAUGGGCAGUUCUUGUCUGUGACAGGGUGAUUGAAGAUAGCAUGAUUGGCACCAAGAAAGAAGACCUGCGCAGCAGGUUGGCUACUAUCCCAGAAGCGCUUGACGGGCUGUACUCUAAUAUUUUACAUGAUGUGCAUGAAAGCGAGAGGCAGCAGAUGGUCAAGCUGUUCCAAUGGAUUCUAUUUGCCCAGAGACCCCUGUCUGCUCACGAGCUUCGGGAUGCACUUUCUAUUGACAAGGACAUGGGAUCUGGAGCGCAGCCAAGAAGUCACAGCAGCUGGUCUGAUACCGUGGCUAAAUUUGAGAUUCACGUGAGACAUCUCUCGAAAGGAUUAGUGGAAUUUCAAUCUCGUGAAUUAUGGGAACAAUAUGAACCCGAGGAGGAAGAUUCAGAUCGGGAAGCUCAGUUUAUACACCAGUCAGUGGCUGACUUUCUGCUCAAUAAUUUUUUCAGUGGUAUUUCGCGUGACCCGCAUCUUUCUCAAUCGGUGGUUGGAGCUGGUCAUUUUCAAAUAUCAAGAGCUUGUCUCAGAUACAUGACAUUAGAUGAAGUCUUGCGAGGUGCUGAACGACUGCCACGUAGCAAGCUCUUCCAAACAUUCCAGUUGAUACCAUACGCUGUGCGUUUCCUAUUUCAGCACAUCAAAGAGGUAGAACAACACAAUAUCCUUCAGUCCGAUCUCCUUUCCCUCGUUUGCUGGGGCCAGAAGUCAAAGUUACAGGAAAUAGCUAGAUUAUGGAGAGUCUCUGACCCUUAUAAUUUAUACACGCCCCGGGGUUGGCCAUUCAUCGAGGCUACGGCAUUUCAUGUAUUGAUUACACUUGCGUCGAAAAGCGCUUUUUACGAUCUCUUGCAAAAGGAUGAGGUGGAGGUUGAUGGUACAGAUAUUGAUGGGAACACACCCCUGCUUCUCACAAUAAAGGAAGGUCAUCAGGAUAUGGCAGUGACACUUCUAAAUCGUUCUUUAGAAUGGCAGCUACAACUUAAGGAGGUAGCUGGGAGCAUCAUCACUUGGGAAACAAGCGAGAAACUAGAAAGGCACUAUUUCGUCAACGUUAAUGCUCAGGACAAUGAGAACAAUACACCAUUGAGUGUUGCCAUGGACGAAGGCGCCCUAGAUGUGAUCCUCAAGUUAAUUGAGGGAGGGGCGAAUGCUAACACUCAGGAUAGUGCUGGUCGGACACCACUGACGUGGGCAGCAGGGGGAGGGCAUAUAGCAAUAGUCACACUGCUACUUCAACAGGGUGCAGAUCCUAAUACCCAGGAUGAUGCUGGUCAGACACCACUCUCCAGAGUAUUAGAAGAAGGGAAUAAAGCAGUAAUCAAGCUGCUACUUGAAUAG